CAGGGUUCUCGUGGAAGCGGCCACUGAGGGCGCGGCAUUCUUGCAAUUGUUGCGCCCGGCUCCAACAGAAUAACCAAUAGGAGCCGCGGCAGCGCCGCCAUUCUAACGAGUUCGUGGCACGCCCUACAACUUCCUCCAUUGUCCUUCUUUCCGGGAUUCUCUGCGAGGAAGGAUGGCUCAGAACAAUUAUUUUGGGUUUACUCACGGCGGAACGCAAUAUGGAGCGACCAGUGCAGCCGCUUAUCAGACUGGUCAAGCGGGAUACGCAGUAACUCCAGCGGCAACCGCCGCCACGUACACGCAACGACCCGCUGCCGCCGCGGCUACAGGUUACGAAACUUACCAAGCGGCCGCUGCUGCAGCCGCUACAGGGACUACAUACGCUGCUGCUAAUCCUGGUACAGUGGCUCAGACAUACGAUUACGGUUACGGACGUGCUGCACCAGCAGCGACAUACGACGCUACUAAGACAUAUUAUCAACAACCUGCAGCAGCAGCUGCAACUUAUACCACUACAGAGACACAUUACCAAGCUGCGAAACCUGCGUAUAGUACAACUAGUGCUUACACAGGCACGGCGAGACAAGCUACCACUACUGGACAAGCUAAAACAUACCAAGCAUCGAGUACUGCUUAUCAGCAAUCCAAUCCUACACAAAGCGCAACAUAUUCUUCUGGAUAUACAGCACCAGCUACUCCUGCUGCUACACCAUCAACAUCAACAAAUAAAACGGCGAGUACGACGUAUUCCGGCUACGACGCAGCGCUAUAUAGCGCUGCGACUAUGUAUGUAGCCCAACAGAGUGCAAACAGCAAUUCGACUAACCAGAAGACUGGAGGUUGGCAGGGCUACGCGCGGAAAGGAUUUGGUGCUGUAGGGGGAGGGAUGAAAGCAAUGCGACCCAAGCAGCCCCCCAAACCUCAACAACUUCACUAUUGCGAUGUCUGUAAAAUCAGCUGUGCUGGACCUCAGACAUAUCGUGAGCAUCUGGAGGGUCAGAAGCACAAGAAGAAGGAAGCUUCUCUGAAGGUACCACAGCAACCACCAGCACGUGGAGCAGGGAACAGUCUACGAUGUGAGCUUUGCGAUGUCACAUGUACUGGAAAUGAUGCAUACGCUGCACACAUCAGAGGAGCCAAACAUCAAAAGGUUGUCAAGCUACACACUAAACUUGGAAAACCAAUACCAAGUGCAGACCCAACUGUUCUGAAUCCAAAGCCUGCAGCUGCUGUUAAAACUGGAAGUGCUAAAAAGCCAACAGUAACAGCUACUCCUAAAAUUAAUUUCGUUGCUUCUGGAAAUUUAGGAACUGUAAAUCAAAAUCAAACUGCAGAAAUUAAAUCAGAAGAAACUACAACAGAAGAAACUGUAGAAGAGACAGCUGUUGAUGAGAAAGAUAUUCAGCCAGUUGGCCAAGAAUAUAUAGAAGAGAAUAAAUCUGAAGAUGGAAAAAUUAUAAGUUUUAACUGCAAACUUUGUGAAUGUAGAUUUAAUGAUCCUAAUGCCAAGGACAUGCAUAUGAAAGGAAGACGGCACAGAUUUGCUUACAAGAAAAAGGUUAAUCCGGAUUUGGUUGUUGAUAUGAAACCAAGCUUGAAACAGAGAAAGUUGUUAGAAGAGAAACUACGCAGACAACAAAUGCGAGACGAAUACUUACGUCGUAGGGAAGAAAUUAAUCAAUUGGGACCAAUGGGUCCGAUGAUGGACGAGGAAAUGAUGUAUUGGGAAGAACGUCGACGAUAUGAAGAGGAAUGCGAAUAUUAUGAAUGGUAUCGACGUUACGGACGUGGUCCAGGGGCUCCGCCAAUGCCGCGUCCUUUCCCAGGACCACCUCCGAUGAUGAUGUUCCCUGGCCCUCAGAGGAGGCCAGAUUCUUCUGAUGACAAACAUGUGUUAUCUCAUCAUACAAAUAUUUAUCCGAAGGAGCAGGAACUGCUGGCAGUUCAGAAAAUAGUUUCAGACACUGAAAAAGCAUUGAAAUUCGUGUCUGACACUUUAGCAGAAGCUGGUAAAAAAACUGCAACUCCAGCACCUACAACAAAUGCUACACCAGCAACACCCGCCACACCUGUACAACAACAACAACCAAAUGCAGAUGCGGUAAAAGUAAAAGAAGACCCUGACAAAAAGAAGAGUACAACUCCCCAGAAAGAAGAUGGCAGUGAUGGCAAUCUAUUUUCAUUCCAAAAGGAAAAAGAGGAUUCAAGGAUACUUAGGGGUGUUAUGCGUGUUGGUAAUUUGGCGAAAGGACUCCUGCUGUCUGGUGAUAAUCAUGUUUGUCUUGUGGUUCUCUGCGCAGAGAAACCAACACGGACGUUACUGAAUAAAGUUGCUGAAAUUCUUCCGGCCCAGUUGAAGAUCGUAGCUCCAGAAGAUACUUAUAACGUUGGAAAGCAUCCGGAAUCAGCUGCUUUAACAGUUUCAGGCGGUAGCGUGACUGUCAGCGUUACGCUCACCAGUCCUUUAAUGCGCGAAACGCCUAAACCAGCAGCUGCUGCAGAUAAUGCUGGACAGCAGCAACAGGGAGCUGCUCAACCGCAAGCAACGCCCGCGGCGCCCACUGUGACGAAACCAGAUCCGCCAGAUGUACUUCCCAAGGCUAAGUGUUUGGAGGCUUUAGCUGCACUCAGGCAUGCCAAGUGGUUUCAGGCUAGAGCUACUUCGCUGCAGAGCUGCGUUAUGGUCAUUCGCAUAAUGCGCGAUCUUUGUAACCGUGUACCUACUUGGGGACCACUGAACCCAUGGGCAUUGGAACUGCUUACUGAGAAAGUGAUCAGCACUGCAGGUGGCCCUCUCAGUCCAGGUGAAGCUUUAAGGAGGCUUUUAGAAUGUGUUGCUGGAGGAAUAUUACUUCCAGGAAGUCCAGGAUUGUCUGAUCCAUGCGAGAAGGAACCUGUCGAUGCAAUUGGCAAUAUGACGGCUCAGCAAAGAGAAGAUAUAACUGCGUCAGCUCAACAUGCUUUGCGAUUAGUUGCGUUCCGACAGAUUCAUAAAGUUCUGGGCAUGGAACAGCUCCCUCCACCCAAGUAUAAAGGCCGUUUUGCUAGGAAACGAAGACGCGAUAAUAGUAACGGAGAAGGAACGGACAGUGAGGCUUCAAAAAAAGAUAAAAAAGCAGAGGAGAUCAAAAUGGAGACAGACUCCAAAUAGAUCUACCAAAAUAUCCGCUUUAUCGAUUUACUCAUAACUUAUAUAGUGUAAGAAACAAAUUUUCCUCGUGUCAAUUGCUUGUUCAAUGAAACCUGUCUAUAUUGGGUCAAAGUUUCGAUCAGAACUACUGAACUAUUUCUAUUUCGACGAUUAUUUCAAGUGUAGGUAUUUCUUUGGACAACUAGUGGCAUCGUUUUAGUUCGCAGUUAUAAUUUUAAUGGCGAAAAGGAAUAAUUAAAUCGGAUUAUAUCAUUAUAUACUUUGACCUUAUCUUAUACGUGUGGUAACGUUAUCGAUUUUUCACCUUCCUACUAGUACUAAGUCCAACAUUUAAAGGCGAAAAAUGAUAUAUUAAUUGCAUUUCUGCAAGUAUUUUAAAUUUAAAAUACGUUUCGAACAUCCGACUUAUAAAGACGUCAUUUUUCCGGACGUCACUCGUUUUAGGUUUAUGUCACGAAAUAUUGCAAUGUUAACUACAAGCUGUAAAUGCUGUUGUUUUUAGAAUUUGUAAGAAGAACACUUGCAAUUAUGUUUAGUCUGUAAGACUCUUUGUGAAGACUUAAGACCUUUCCCAAACAGGCAAUUGGUACGACUAGUUCCAGCACUAAGAUGAUUCUGUCAAAGGAAAUAAUGAAUGCGUUAAUUAGUUUGAAUUACUUAUUUAGCUAUAUUUCAAAGUCACAAUAUACGAUGAAGUUUACUAGAAAGGGUGGUAAAAAUGAUCAUUUAUAAGUUUUGAAGUUAAGCGUAGGUUAGUUUGUAUUGAGAAUUCGUGUGUAUGUUGUGUGUGUAGUCGUAAUAAAGUGCAGUAUGUUUCCUGCACCAAAUUAACUCGUAUGUUCACGCCGCGUAUAUUAAUUCACGCAGAAGAGAUUCCAAGAAAAAGCAGAGUUGCAAGUCGAUUAUUGAAAUAGACGCUUUGCUGUCCAAUGAGGGUUAAGUGCACGUGUCAAGAAUUCCUAAUGUUUUGCUGCAGUUUUGUUUACAACGAACCUAGCAGGAAGUUGAACACUUCAAAACGUGUUCGUAUUGAAAUAAAUUUCUUUCUGACACAGUGUAUGGAUCUUCUGUUGUACACAUGCAAAUCCUCUUUGAAUAAAUCGAACAUGCAUGCGAUAAGUAUAAGUAUUUUCUUCACUUCCAUAUUCCUUUUCGUAUGUAGUAUUGUAUUAAAGGUUUUUUUUUUAAACAACAAAUUGGACUAAUGAGAAAUCCUCUAUAGUAUAAAGGCCACACACACAAUAGCACUCAGACUGUAUGAUUAUGGUUACUAAGUAAUUUUUUUACAAGAACGAACACUUACAUACAAAGGAA